ACAGACAUAGAGAGAGAAUUCCAAAAGGGUUUGUUAGGUGAAAGAGGAAAAGAAAAGAAAGUAGCAGCAUAAUAAUAUAGAGUUUUUCAAGAAAGAAGACAUUGUGUCUAGUAGAUGUAGUGUAAAAAAGGAGGCAAUAUAAAAGUAAAAUUGCAGCAUUUGUGUCUCUGUAAUACUCAACAUACUUUCCUUUUUCCAAAGCUUCUUUGUCCCCCACACAACUUUUUUUUUUUUUUUUUCUUUCUUCCACAUUUUCCGGUGACUUUUUUCGCCUGAAUAAUACUCUUCCGGUUACCGGAAUAUCAAGAAACUUGUUUACUUCAUUUCUGAGUUCAAGGAUGUAAAGUUUCUGUUUGAUCCAUUAUUGAGUUUAAAUUUGUCCUAGCUUGAAUAAGAGAAAAUGAAGAUGCCUGGAAAUGGUGCUCAGGUUGGUGGUGGCAAUGCUAAUCCCACUGAAGCAGAGAAGAAGAGCAUAAAUCCAGAUCUAUGGCAAGCUUGCGCUGGGCCUCUGGUGAACUUGCCGGUCGCUGGGACCCACGUUGUCUACUUCCCUCAAGGCCACAGUGAACAGGUUGCAGCGUCUAUCAAGAAAGAUGUGGAAGCCCAAAUUCCAAACUAUCCAAACCUUCCGUCAAAGUUAAUUUGUCUUCUGCACAAUGUCACCCUCCAUGCUGAUCCUGAAACAGAUGAAGUAUAUGCCCAAAUGACACUACAACCAGUUCCUUCGUUUGACAAGGAGGCAUUAUUGAGGUCAGAUUUGUCUAUGAAAGCAAAUAAACCACAGCCAGAAUUUUUUUGCAAAACCUUGACGGCUAGUGAUACAAGCACUCAUGGAGGUUUCUCUGUGCCUCGGCGUGCAGCUGAGAAAAUAUUCCCUCCUCUGGAUUACACGCUGCAACCACCUGCUCAAGAACUUGUGGCUAGAGACUUGCAUGAUAACAUAUGGACCUUUCGACAUGUUUAUCGAGGGCAACCCAAACGACACUUGCUAACAACAGGGUGGAGCCUAGUCGUGAGUGGAAAAAGGCUUUUUGCAGGUGACUCGGUCUUGUUUAUUAGGGAUGAGAAGCACCAGUUUCAACUAGGAAUUAGAAAGGCAAACAGGCAGCCUACCAACUUAUCGUCAUCAGUGUUGUCAAGUGAUAGCAUGCAUAUCGGUAUCCUAGCAGCAGCAGCACAUGCAGCUGCAAACAACAGUCCUUUCACCGUGUUUUAUAACCCAAGGGCUGGUCCUUCUGAAUUCGUAAUUCCUUUAGCAAAGUACUACAAAGCAACUUAUAGCAGUCAAGUAUCUCUUGGCAUGCGGUUUCGAAUGAUGUUUGAGACAGAAGAAUCGGGAACUAGAAGGUAUAUGGGAACAAUUACUGGCAUUAGUGAUCUAGAUCCAGUGAGGUGGAAGAACUCUCAGUGGCGGAAUUUGCAGGUUGGUUGGGAUGAAUCAACUGCUGGGGAGAGGAUCAACCGAGUCUCUAUUUGGGAGAUUGAACCGAUAACAGCACCCUUUUUGAUCUGUUCCAGUCCAUUCUUCAACUCCAAGCGUCCAAGGCAACCUGGAAUGCCAGAUAGUGAUUAUUCUGACCUUGAUGGCAUGUUCAAGAGGACGAUGCCAUGGCUUGGUGAUGAUUUUGGCAUGACGGAUCCUCAAGGUCUGCCCGGUCUUAGCUUAGUCCAGUGGAUGAACAUGCAAAAAAACCCUUCUCUGGCUAACCCGAUGCUCCCCAACUAUUUGAAUUCCCUAUCCGGUUCUGCUCUACAAAACCUUGCUGGAGCAGACCUAUCACGCCAGCUAGGUUUGGCAGCACCACAGUUUCAGCAGCAGCAGCACAACUUGCAGUUUAAUACCCAUAGACCAAACCAACAGGGCCAACAGCUCGACCAGCUCCAGAAGUUACAAGCAGCAACACUGAACCCAUUAGACUCCAUUAUGCAAUCGCAACAACAGUUAUCUGAUGUCAGUCAGCAACCGAGACAAAAUCCAACUAAUCAAUCACUGCCUACCACUCAAGUUCAUACACAACAUCUGCAAGCUCAGAAUCUUGUGCAAUCUCAGAAUGUUCUUCCUCCGCAGCAAUCAAUUCAAAACCAGCUGCAGAGAAACCAACAACAACAGAUUCCGAGUCAAACUCAGCAGCAAAGUUUCGUGCCAUCCCAGCCCUCCGAUCAAGUUAACCAACAGCAGCAUUUCUCUGAUAAUAACCCAGCACAGUUUCAGCUUCUACAGAAACUGCAUCAACAAAAAUCACUUCUAGCACAACAAGCUUCAUUGCAACAACCUUCGCAACUUGGGCCAAUCCAGGAUCAGCAGAAGCAGCUCUUGGAUGUAUCACAGAACUUUUCCAGGUCACUUGCGACGAGCCAAAUGUUGGAUGCGUCUCAAACCAUGUCCACUUCACUUCCUCACUCGCAAGUUGUUCCGCAGCAAAUGACAAGAAUAAAUAGCCAGUCUAAUCUUCGGUUUGCCCAGCCAACUCAGCAACCGAAACUUCAGCAACAGCAGCAGCAGCAGCAGCAAUCUGGAAACCUAUCAGACCUAUCUGGAUCAGUUAGCUACUCUCAACCCCGAACAACUUAUCAGCUUUCCACAAAUGGAAGUAGUUUAACAGGAACUGCAGGCGGAGGGCAGUCUGUGGUAAUUGAUGAUGUCCCAUCAUGGUGCACCUCGGUAUCCACUAACAACUGUCAAAAUGUAGUUCAGCCAAAUAUGAAUGGUCGAAUCCAUGGAAGCACAGGUGCACGAGAUGAAACAACCCACUGUUCUGGGCCCCUUUUAAAUUCAAGCGGGUUAGAAGCUAUGUCUGCUAAUAACAUCCUGGUUAAAGAGUUGCAGCAAAAAUCUGAUGUUAAACCUUCAGUAAAUGUCUCCAAGAACCAGAACCAUGGAUUUUUGGCACCUCAAACUCUUAACACUUCAGGACUCCAAUUUGAUUAUUUGGAUAGUUCAUCUUCAGCAACUUCGGCUUGCCUUUCCCAAAAUGAUGCUCAGUUGCAGCAGAAUACAGACCCAUUAUCUUGUAGUUCUCAGCCAUUGAUAUUCAGAGAUAGUCCAGAUGGAGAAGUUCAGGGUGACCCGAGAAACAAUGUAGCUUUUGGAGCAAAUAUGGAAAAUCAGUUAGGACUUCCUAUGAUGCCUGCUAAUCCUUUGAUCACAAAGAGCUCAGUGGGAUCGAGGAAGGAUUUCUCAGAAAAUCUCUCAUCAGGAGGAGGCAUGCUCUCCAGCUAUGAGAACCCUAAGGAAGCACAGCCUGAACUCUUGGCCUCAAUGGCUAAUGAGUAUAUGACCUUUAAUUCAAUUGAUUCUACUAUCAAUGAUGGUAACUUCAUGGAUAGAGGUGGCUGGGAGCCACCGCCUCAACUGCCUCGUUUGCGAACAUAUACCAAGGUGUACAAGCGUGGUGCGGUGGGAAGAUCAAUUGAUAUCGCACGCUACUCAGGCUAUGAGGAACUUAAACUGGAUUUGGCUCGUAGGUUUGGUAUAGAGGGACAACUGGAGGACAGACAAAGAAUAGGAUGGAAGCUUGUGUAUGUUGAUCACGAGAAAGAUGUUCUCCUGGUUGGGGAUGACCCUUGGGAGGAAUUUGUGAGCUGUGUCCGCUGCAUCAAGAUUCUUUCUCCACAAGAAGUUCAACAAAUGAGCUUGGAUGGAGAUUUUGGAGGUAGUGCCCUUCAAAACCAAGAUUGUAGCAGUUCAGACGCUGGAGAUGUGUAAUUAUAGCUGGCUAAAGUUGUUAACAAUUCUUUUGAAGCUGGAAACUUACACAAAUAUAGCUUCUAGGAAAUUUGUUGCUCAAGCAUGGUGGAAAGCUGUGCCACCAAAGUUUUUCCUUCUUGUAUACACCACAGUACAGUAUGCGAGCCAGCUCUUCGUGGGAUCUUGGUAUAUUUAAUGAUCCCUUGAUGUAAACAGAGCUGAUAUUGCAUGGUCCAGUCUAGGUUGGGAGCUCUGAUAUUGCGAAGGUUAAUCUGCUCUAGCAUAGUUAUUAAGGCAAUAGAAGUAUGGUGAUUGCCGCGAAACUAAUCAGAAUUUCUCUUGUUCCUUUGAGAGUUCCACAAGGUUUGAUAUAUCAGAGUGUAUAGUUGUGUAAAUAUACUCUUUUCUGUAAGAGAAAAUGGUUUAGAGUAAAAGAGAUAUUUUAUUGCUUUUGAUUGUUGUACAACAUGGGUGUGGUUAACCCCCUAUCUAUAUGAGAAGUUUUUUCAAUAA